AGUCUGUGGCACAAGCCAGAUCACAGAGUAACCUCUGUGGUCUGUGGGCACAAGAGUGUGGCGAACGAGAGUGCCUCUAACCUCUGUUUUCUGUGGUUUGUUUACAAGCAAGAAAACAACGUUAAAAUGCCUCCUGUGAAAGUAAAGGGUAGUUGUUGUGUGCCCCAUUGCCCCAACGUUCGGGGAGUGUCCAAAAAGCAGUUUUUCAAAGUUGGGGCCAAUCUGGAAAACAGGCAAAAGUGGAUGAUUGGCAAAACCGUCAUCCCCAAGUCUCAAAUUGUGCAUUGCUGCGAAGACCAUUUCGAUUUGCCCAAUGAUGCGGUGAAUUACAUUCGAUGCAAAUAUACUCCUGGCACCAGGCUGAAGAUUCGCCCAAAGAUUCUGCCCCACAGAAAACUGCCUGUAAAUGUCUGCAGACUGUGUUUGGAUAUUAUUUACAAUGACGAUAUAACUGUGGACAUAUCUGCGAAGCAUGGUUAUGAAAAUGCUAAAAUUGUAGCCACCCUACUUCCAGAAAUCGACUUCUCACUGACGAUAGAACCAGUGGCCUGCUUGAAAUGCUUCGAGCCUUUACAAAAGUACUACAAACUCAAGCAGAACGUCCUCAAAAGUGAAAUUGUUGUAGUAAAUUGUAUCAAAUCCAUUGUGAAACGGUCACCCAGGCGGCUGUUGGAUAAAUGUGAAAUAGACCUGUUUGAUGAGUACAAUGAGAUUAAGGAAUUUGUAGAAAAGGAAAAAGAGAAACGGAAGCUGGUUGAGGUCAAUCGCGAUUUUCACGUUGAGGGAGAAAAACCGCAUAAAGAUCAUGAGGAGAUUUUAAUACAAGUGGAAGAAGAUGGAGCUGAGGACAUGGAUGCAGUUGGUGAAUCGGCAAACCAAAGUUUUUCUGCGGAAAGCAGCAUGGACAUGCAAUAUGUGACCACUUCGAACAAUGCUGAAGAAUCCGCAAAUUCAUUCGAGAUGUUUGAAUAAAAUUUUGUUAUCAAGUAAUAAAGCCGGAUGUGUUUAAUUACUUUAUUCAUAAUUGUACAAUAUUUACAAAUUGGUUGAUCUAUUAAAGCCUAAGCUAAAUAAGUAAA